AUGUCUCGACAGACGCUAACACUCUCUGAAAACUGGCAGUGGAAGCAGCGCGAUCCUAAAAUAGAGAACGUCUUUGACGAACUCAAGCGACCCGACACAUCAAUCCAACAUGAUCCUAAAGAUACUAGAUCAACUUGGAGAAAGGCCAUUACAUCCCCAUCCGAAAUCCACGUUGAGCUUCUAAAAGCUGGUAUUAUACCAGAUCCUUACAAGGGCUUCAACGAGCAUAAAGUACAAUGGGUCGGGAAAAGGGAAUGGCUCUAUCGAUAUGCUUUUGAGCUAUCACAACAGCAACUCUCAAGUUCGGUUGAGUUGGAGUUUGAGGGGCUAGACACCUUCUGUACUGUAUACCUGAAUGAGCUUGAGAUCCUCAAAUCCGACAAUAUGUUCACCCCGUUGACCGUUUCAUUGGCACCCGUUGAUGCCGCUCCAUCUUCGCAAUCAAAAGGAAUUGUUAACACCGUCAAAGAAAUUGUCUCUACUCUAUCACUUUCUUCAAACGCCCAGCCAAAGUAUGUCCUCAAGCCCGGGAUCAACGUCCUUCUGCUUCAUUUCAAGCCCGCCUUGCUCGAGGCCGAGGCGUUAGAAGAUAGGUAUGGUAAAGUGCGAGCAGGUAGCUGCAACUUAGGGUUACCGAAUCGGGUAUACGUUCGCAAGGCUCAAUUUGGGUGGAGAUGGGAUUGGGGCCCGGAACUCAUGACUGCAGGGCCAUACAGGCCAAUUCAUCUUCAUACACACAAGGCUCGAAUCGCUGAUGCGUACGUCAAGACGAUUGUAUCUUCCGCUCCAGAGCUAGCAUGCGCUAUUGAGAUCGAGCCUACACUUCACGGAGAUGUUUCAGCGGUGUCCAAAUUUGAUAUCUCCCUUCGUCAUCCCGAAGGCACUGUUAUUCGCACUCAGGUGUUUGACAUUGGAUCUAAGAUUAGGUGGAAACUAGAAGAUGGUGAGGUUUCGUUGUGGUGGCCUGUUGGCUAUGGUCAGCAGACCUUGUACCAUGUCGAUAUCAUUGCAACGGGUGAGGACGGCACAGUACUGGAUCGUGUUGCCAAACGAAUUGGGUUUCGUCGGGUCGAACUAGUACAAGAGCCACUAGUUGACGCACCGGGCACGACAUUUCUAUUCGAGAUAAACGGAGUACGAGUUUUUAUUGGGGGGUCUAACUGGAUCCCCGCCGAUAAUUUCCUGACUUCUAUCACACCCAAAAGAUACCAAGCGUGGCUCCAGCUUCUCAAGGAUGGCAACCAGAAUAUGGUUCGUAUUUGGGGUGGAGGUGUAUACGAACCCGACGUGUUCUAUGAUACAUGUGAUGAGCUUGGCAUUCUUGUCUGGCAGGAUUUUCAGUUUGCAUGUGGACAAUAUCCAGCACACAAGGAGUUCUUGGCUAAUGUCGAGGCCGAAGCAGAGGCAAAUAUUAAGAGACUCCGUGGACACCCAAGUCUGGCUUUGUGGUGUGGAAACAAUGAAGACUAUCAACAAGUAUUUCAAUGGGGUCUCUCGACUCUUCCCGCAGUUGUUAUCUAUGAGAAGUUGCUGCCGCGUGUAAUCAGUAAUCUUAUGGGUGAUGCUGUUCCCUAUCACCGCGGGAGCCCUUAUGGCAGUGUAAAGGAAUGGGACACCGCGGACCCUACCAUCGGUGAUAUACACCAGUGGGAAGUAUGGGCGGGAAAAGGUGCACCUUAUCAAGAUUGGGAUAUAAUGGGCGGAAGAUUCGUCAGCGAGUUUGGUUUACCAUGCAUGCCUAAUAUGCGUACUAUAGACUACUGGCUCCAAGAUACCGACUCUUCUCAACGUCGGGUUCAGUCCAAGGCCAUGCAACAGCACAAUAAAGCCGGCGCCCAUGAACGUCGCCUGGCAGUUUACAUGAACGAGAACUUCUGGAUCACCAAUGACCUUGAGAGAUACGCCUAUCUCACACAAGUAAUGCAGUCAGAGGGUGUAUCCUCCGCCUAUCGGAUGUGGAGACGGGAAUGGAAGGGAAAGGGGAAACAAUAUUGUGCCGGAGUAAUUGUGUGGCAAUUGAAUGACUGCUGGCCGGUCAGCUCUUGGGCCAUAGUUGACUAUUUCUUGCGGCCAAAACUGGCGUACUAUACUAUUGCUCGGGAGAUGCUUCCGUACACAAUUGGUAUAAAGCGCACUGUCAAACAAAAUCGCGAGACGGAUCGCCCACGCCAGUUCUAUGAAUUUGGCGCAUUCCAAAGCAUCGGAGCGUCGAUCGAUGUCUGGGGCACCAACUCCACGCUUCUCAAAAAGAAAGCACUCGUUAAAUUGUCCUGCUUUGAUCUAGCCUCGGACUGGAAUCACGUCGAGGAGCAUUCUCCAUUCCGUGCCCUGCCCCCCGCAUAUAGGACCGACGAGGCGGGGCGAGUGCUAUCUCGUUAUGCAGAUUGGCCACAGCCGUUCCGAAGUUACGAUAUGCCCAAUCCCGAGCUUCAGUUGUCUGUGGAGGGAGAAAGAGUCGUAGUGACAGCGAAAAGACCUGCCAAGGCAGUAAUGCUUGGUGUCGAUGGUGAAGAUGAUGAAGUUCGAUGGAGUGACAACGCACUAGAUGUAAUGCCUGGUGAUCCACAAACGGUGACGCAGCCUCGUGAUUACUCUGCUGCUUUUGGCAAUCUCGCAUCGUCUUAUGGUGCCUCUGGGACCGCACCUUCCCGCCCAUCAUCCAAGACUGCCUCACAUCUAAACGCAGGAGCGAGCUCGCGCUCUGACACUAGUACAAAACGAUGGCGUUCGAUAUUCUCUAAGCAACCGUUGUCCUCUAAUCCGGCUGCUGAGCCGGAGAAGUACGUCGUACCCAAGUCCCAAGAUUUUGGUGCAUUGAUAAACAAGUAUGGUGCCAAGUCUGCUCCCACGGCCAGCCUGCUUUAG